AUGCCAGUAAGUUUCAAAGGCAUGGAUUGCCUUGCUGAUGCUAAUCUUGAUGCUUAUAUGGAUGAAUAUAUGAAAUCUCAAGCCACCAUUCCUUGGGCAUCUCAAGUAUAUUAUGGAUAUUACACAUUAUAUUAUGGAUGUGCUUUCAUAAUCGUGGCAGGUUUAAAGAAUGGUUAUUAUAGAUGGAGAGAUCUGAGAUACAGAAAUAAUGGAUCUACUACUAUUUUAGAUCAAUUUGCUAACCUGAUUUCAGGAUAUUCCAGACUUUUUGGUUAUAAGAAUCUUCCAGCAAAGAUCAGUCAUUUCACAUCGUUACCUCCAUCAGGUGGGAAUUCAUUGUUUUUAAUAUCAACUUCAUUAUAUUUACUUUUAUGGGUAUUUCUUCCUCAUUUUUGGUAUAGAGGUUGUAGAGGAUUUGGUAGUCCUCCAUUAGCUGUUAGAGCUGGGAUUAUGGCAACUGCUUUAACUCCAUUUAUUUAUAUUCUUGGUGGUAAAACCAAUUUCAUUACUUUGUUGACAGGUAUAAGUUAUGAAAAAUUAAAUUAUUUACAUCAAUAUGCUGGUGUAGCUGCCUUGACUUUAUCUUUGAUUCACACCAUUCCUUUCAUUUAUCAAGAUUUAGUUGAAGGUGGUUAUAAAAAUUUAGCUGAAGACUUUAAAGGAUUUUCUAUGUAUUCAGGUAUCCCACCAUUAGUAUGUUUGAUUUUACUUUGUACAUUAUCUAAAUCAUUUGUUAGAAAAUGGUUUUAUGAAAUUUUCUGGCAUGUUCAUUGGAUUUUAGGAGUUGGAUACUUUGCCACAUUAUUCUGGCAUAUUUGGGAUAUGUUGGAUACUGAAAAUUAUAUGUGGGCCGCUUUAGCCUUCUGGUUUGGUCAAUUAUUCUACCGUCUUUUAGUUAAAACAUGUUUCCGUCCAAAUGCCCUUUUCAUGAGAUCCAGAAAGGCUAAAUUGUAUAAAUUACCAGGUUCUAAAUCUUUCGAAAUCGAUAUUCCCAAUAACAAAGGGAUUGUUUGGAGACCAGGACAACAUGCAUUCAUCAGAUUCAAAUCAAAGAUUCUUGAUAAUCAUCCAUUCUCAAUUGUUAAUUUACCAAAAGAAGAUGGUGAUGAAGUCAAAUUCAUAGUUGUUCCAAAAAGAGGUUUAACUGGUACUUUAUAUCAAGAAAUCGAAAAUAAUACCAGUAAUGUUGUUGAUAAAGAUGUCUAUAUCGAUGGUCCAUAUGGAGGAUGUUCUAGAGAUCACAAUUCUUUCGAAAAAGUUAUCUUAAUUGCCACUGGUUCUGGUAUAACGGCAACUUUACCUUUCUUAUUAGACUUGGUAGAAAAAAUUAAAUCAGGUGAAAACAAAACCACCAGAAGAAUUGAGUUUAUAUGGAUUGUCAGAUAUUCUCAUGAUAUAGAUUGGGUCAAAAGUGAAUUGAUUCAAAGUAUUACUGAUUUCGUCAAUAUCAACGUUUAUGUUACACAUGAAGAAAAUAGUAUUAUUGACGAUGAAAAGGAAACUUUGGAAGAGAAGGUCAGUUCUUCAAGUUAUGAAGGAUUGAGCGUUCAUCAUUUCAAACCUCAGGUUUCAGAAUUAUUGAUUGGAAUGAAAUAUUCUUUGGCUAGAAGGAAUAUGGUUGUUUCAUCAGGUAGUAAUUCCAUGAAAUUCGAAGUUUGUAAUGCCGUUUCUUCGUUACAAUCUUUGGUUGUUAAUGAUCACAUUGAAGAAAUAUUUUUACACACAGAAAGUUUUGGUUGGUAA